GUCAAUAGACAAUGCUAAUAUUCAUAAUAAAAGUGAGGUGAAUGAUGGUGACUUUAAAUCAUGUGCGCUAGGACCCCGCGGCUCGGCGCGCAGUCGGGAGAGGAAUGCGCGCACCGCGGCUGGAGCUCAAUGUGGUCGUGACAGGAUGGCAGAGUGUUGGAAUUAGGAUCGGGACCGUUAUUCACCGUUAAGCCACUAGUGACACCAAAAGGAGCGAACGGAACGGAACUUUAUGACAAACCCAUUGGCAUUAUUUUGUGAAAUACACCAGGAAAAAAUGGACAAUAGCUACUUUUGGGAAUCGUAAUUUGGCUGCACACAAAACCAGGGGAGUUACAACUUAACACGUCACAGAAUUUUGAUUCAGAAAGGCGACGGAGUUUCUGCGCAUCAGUUAUUUGCGUGCGAAGUUUUAAAACGCCUCAUAUUUCAACAGGCAUUGCAUGUGUUCGUUUCAUUUGCGCACAUGGAGCACAAAAAAUACGUUUGGAAAAGGUAACAUGCUGGAUUUCUUUCUGUUGCAUCGAUGACAUGACUCCUUAAUUGUUUUAAUUGACAGUUUUACUACAGUAACGUUAUCCAGCUUGGUGAUCCAUCCAUUCACAGGACGCGCGCAUUUAUCAAACCAUUCAAAGCGAAAGGAGUAUCAAGCAACUUUUUGGUUUAUUUAUACCGUCACUGAUAUAUUUUAAGUUACAACCACAGAGAUAAACUACUUUGUGAUGUCAUGGGCUGAUCUGGGACAGCGCAGUCGAUAGUGUGGGGGACAAUGUCGGGACCCUGCAUCCGCAUCCCGUUUUGGGUUCGUUUGUUUCUCCUGCUGUUCCUUCACAGCGGCGCACCGGAGGGCAGACUCAUCGAGGGCUGUCCGGAGCUCCUCUCGAGCGGCUGCAGCUGCACGGAGGACCGCACCAAAGCUCACCCCGCGCCCGGAGCCCGGAGGAGAGUGAGCUGCGUUGGGAAAGAGCUGACAGAGACUCCAGAAGUCAGUCUGCUGCCCAAUCGGACCGUUUCCCUAAAUCUAAGCAACAAUCGUAUCAGUGUUCUGAAAAAUGGCUCAUUCACAGGCUUGCACUCCCUUGAGAAACUGGAUCUCAGGAAUAAUCUGAUCAGCACCGUCAUGCCCGGAGCCUUUCUGGGUCUCACAGCUCUUCGAAAACUUGACCUAUCCAGUAACCGAAUUGGCUGUCUGAAUCCAGGAAUGUUCCAGGGACUUACCAACCUCACUAAAUUAAACAUCUCUGGAAACAUUUUUUCUACUUUGGAUCCUAACGUCUUUCUGGAGUUGCAUUCUCUAAAGCUGGUGAACUUUCAUACGGAGUCCCUGUCAUGUGACUGCGGUCUGCAUUGGGUCCCUAGUUUCUUUCACAGUGGGUCUGUCCGCCUUGGGGAUGAAACACUCUGCGCAUAUCCCAGAAGGCUUCAUAACAGACCCCUUCGUUUGCUGAGAGAGAGUGAUCUCAGUUGUGAUGGUCCAUUGGAACUUGAUACCCUUUCUUUGUUGCCCUCGCUGAGGCAGGUCGUUUUUAAAGGGGACAGACUGCCUUUUCAUUGUACUUCUUCUCUGGUUGAUAAAAUAACUGCUCUACACUGGCAGCACAAUGGUCGGCCUGUCACCAGUGACCCUACGCGUGGGGUUCAUCUUGAAGAGAGUGUACAACAUGACUGUACUUUCAUCACCAGUGAGCUGAUCCUGUCAAAUGUCCACCUUGAGGCGAGCGGUGAAUGGGAAUGUGUGGUGUCUACGGGCCGAGGGAAUGCCUCACGUAGUGUGGAGAUAGUGGUGCUGGAGAAUAGCGCCUCCUUCUGUCCAGAGCAGAGAGUAACCAACAAUCGAGGGGAGUUUAGAUGGCCUAGAACUCUGGCUGGCAUCACCUCCUACCAAUACUGUUUACAGCUGCGUUACCCCUCCUCAACAUUAGGGGGUGGUGUGGAGCAGAACAAAGCAUCACGCUACUGUGACCGUUCAGGACGCUGGGAAGAGGGCAACUACUCUCAAUGCCUCUAUACUAAUGACCUCACAAGGGUCCUACAUACAUUCAUACUGAUGCCCAUCAACACUUCCAACGCAUUGACACUGGCACGUCAGGUGCGUUCAUACACACUGCAGGCCGCAGGUUUCACAGACACUGUAGAUGUUCUCUAUGUGGCUCAGUUGAUGCAGAAAUUCAUGGACUAUGUCACAGAACUGCGUGAGCUUUCAGAAGUGUUGGUGGAAAUGGGCAGUAACCUGAUGCAGGUAGACGACCAGAUCUUGACUCGGGCCCAGAGAGAGGAAAGAGCCUGCAGUUCAGUUGUGUAUUCACUGGAGACUCUCGCUUGGCCACAGCUGCACUCUGACGCUCAGGAUCUUUCUAUCAUUUCUCGUAACAUUGUGAUGGAGGCUCACAUGAUUCGUCCUGCUCAUUUUACUGGGAUGAGCUGCACGGCCUAUCAGAGGCGAGAGGGGACUGGAGGGAGCCAGGUGCAUGAUGGGAUAGAGCCGUCCCUCGAACAACAGCUACGCUUCCGAUGCACCACAGGAACACACAACACCUCAUUGAAUGCUUUUCCUCUUAAGAAUGCCGUGGCUCUUGCUUCAGUAUCUCUCCCCGCGUCCCUUUUCCCUCCCACUGCUCCUCCUGACUGUAAGCUGCAGUUUGUGGCAUUCCGCAGUGGAAGAUUCUUUCCAUUUACCGGAAAUUUCACCGGGCCUUCUGACCUUGCUCGCAGACGUGGUGUCAACACUCCAGUUAUCUAUGUUGGCCUUGACAACUGCAGCAUGUGGCAUCAGUCAGAUCCCAUUAUUGUGUCACUUCGCCACACGUCACCUGGUAAUGACCCUGUUGCUGUUCACUGGAGCUUACAGGCCCUGGAGCAUCAUGGGAGUUGGAGUUCAGAUGGCUGUCAGCUGGCUCAUAGUGAUGCAUCCACUUCUACACUGCGUUGCUCUGUGCUUAGCAACUACGCUGUACUUCAGGAAAUGCCAGAUUUCCCAGGAUCAAAUCUAGUUCCAGUGGAAGUUCUCCACCCUGUGAUCUACAUCUGCACUGCGGUGCUGCUUCUCUGUCUCUUCACCAUCAUCAUCACCUAUAUACUGCACCACAGUUCAAUCAGAAUUACUAGGAAGAGUUGGCACACCCUCUUAAACACUUGCUUUCACAUCGCAAUGACAUCUGCAGUAUUCGCAGGAGGCAUCACGCUGACGGGAUACCCAAUUGUAUGCCAGGCAGUGGGGAUUGUUCUUCACUACUCCUCCUUAUCCACUUUAUUAUGGAUCGGGGUGAGUGCCAGAGUUAUCUAUAAAGAAGCCUUAUUGAGGUCUCCACAGCACCUAGAAAGUGAGACUGCUGUACAGCCGACCCAGCGGCCCAUGCUCAGGUUUUAUUUAAUAGCUGGUGGUGUCCCACUUAUUAUAUGCGGUAUUACUGCAGCAGUUAACAUCAAUAACUAUGGAGACAGCAUUUCCUACUGCUGGUUGGUGUUGCAACCCAGUAUAGGUGCUUUCUACAUUCCAGCUGGAUUGAUCAUUCUGGUGACAUGGAUCUACUUCCUGUGCACUGUUUUCUGCCUGAGGCACCAGAACUUCCAAAACGCCAAAGAUCCUCCUUGCUCCGCACCCGGGCCUUUGCCGGAAAGCCAACCAGCACUAAGCGGCAGCACCAGUUUGCUGUCAACAGACUCUGCGGUGGGCCCGGUUCAUUCUGGGACGACGGUGGAAGACCAGUACUCGUUAAAGGUACAGUGUUUGGCACUGGUGGCAACGCACUUCGUGUUUGUAGGACUCUGGUGCUGUGGCGCUAUGGCAGUUUGGCACGUUGAUAGAGAGCGUAACCUCUUCAGCUGUUUGUAUGGAGGAAUGGCUACUGGAUUAGGAAUUUUCCUGGUGAUUCAUCACUGUUUCAAGCGUUCGGAUGUCCAGGCAACAUGUCUAGGGUGUUGCCCUGGGUAUCCUCGAUCGGAACCGGUGCCAGCCUACACCCAUCCCUGUACUGCGACCGUAGGGGUCCAAAGUGCCUCAGACAGAGGCUCGCAAAUUUUCGUAGGAUGUCAUCUGCCGACGGACCCCAACAAUUACUCUUCUUCUGCUAGGUCUUCAUCUACUCAAAGUGGAACUACUAGCAUCGGCGCCGGGCCUUGCAAACUGACCAACCUCCUGCAAGUGACGCAAGAGAACACGAACAACGCAUCCCGAGCGAAUACCAGCACGAGCGCAGAGAACAAUGGCAAUAAGCCCGCCAACAAUCUUCUGCCCAGCGCAAUUCCCGUCCAGCAGCCUCAAAGGAAAAAGGCUUGUAGUAGAACCAAGGGUGGGAAUACUCAGUACCACCACAGAGGGGAUGGCAGAGGACACUAUCGCCUAAAAGCCCUGCGAGCGGGAGCAGGAGGUAGUAUGGGUGCGUUAGGACCCUCGGGGACAGACCAAAUCAAUAUACACCACCUACCCAAACACGCUUCCAGUGAGAAUGGAAGUUUACGAAAUAGCCAUACAGAAAGCCAAAAUGGGCUUUUGACCAAUGGACGACACAGAGGGGAGGGACUUGCGACAAGCCCCUCGGAAGGUAGUGACGGAGGUAGUAGUGGAAGUAGAAAGCCCUUCCCGCUGUUACCCUCUGCGUCAAGUAGGUUUGCCCUGAUGCAAAAUGCUCAGCGGCGCAGCGCAAGCAAAGACAAUCUUAAACUGGCCGCCGCGGCCGAAAGAGAUUCGAAGCGAAGCUCGUUUCCUCUGAACGUGACCGGGACGGGCACUCCGACGGCCUCUUUGUCAACCGUUUCGGCACCAAAUGGAACACUAAAGAGCUCUGUGAUAGAACUGGACGCUAGUGGGACGGACCAAUCACAAGGUUCGGUUGGUAUGAAGAGCAGGGUAUGGAAAAGCGAGACAACAGUAUAAUAUUGAAAGGAACAGUUAAAGACCCCAUAGAAUUCAAAUGAGACCACCUACAUGCCAGUUGUCCAUAGCAUUUACAGAACAUACGUCUAGAGAUAAAUACAUUUAAAAUGUAAACUCUUUGUGUUCUUGGAAAAUGGACCAAAAAUAUUGAUGACACAUCCUGCACUGGUAGAUUUUUGUCCAAUCAGAUGCUCCGUUAAGUGGAUAUGCUCCUACCCCACAUUUUCAAACAAAUAGCAAGUAGCAAAUUAUAUAACUAAAGCUUACGUGUGCUUUAUUUUUUAAAGGUGCAGUGUGUAAUUUUUAGAAGGAUCUCUUGACAGAAAUGCAAAAAAUAUACAAAACUAUAUGAUCAGGGGUGUAUAAAGACCUUUUUAUAAUGAACCGUUAUGUUUUUAUUACCUUAGAAUGAGACGUUUUUAUCUACAUACACCGAGGGUCCCCUUAUGUGGAAGUGGCCAUUUUGUGCCGCCAUGUUUCUACAGAAGCCCUUAACGGACAAAAUUUUUUUACUAAGUUGUCUCCGACGAUGACAUGUUUUUCCAGUGGCGGCUACAUAGCUUCUCUAUACGUUUCAAAAGCAAGGGGUGAUCAGUGGACUGAGCCGUUGGUUGCAGUUCGCAACCUCACCACUAGAUGCUGCUAAAAUUUACACACUGCACCUUUAAAAUAAAGAAGAUAAAGAAAGAAAACACAAAGCUGUGUUCCUCAAGCAUUUUCGUGGGGUCUUUAAAGUUUCCUGAAUAUUCUUGGAGCCAAAGAGAAACAAUUGGCUCCUUUUAUGAGUUAACCUCCAGUAUUUAAGUUUUUAAAACGGUCUGUUGUAUUUCAAUAGUCCACCUGAAACAUUCAAGAGCGGUUGUUAGAUAACAGGCACUUGUUUGCUGGCAAUGCUUUUAGUGGCUGUGGAUUUUGUUGUUUCAGAUGAAGGAAAUGAUAAGAAGUUACAUGGUUGGGGCUAUUUUACACAUACCGUACAUUGUGUGCUUAUGCAAAACCUGACUCCUUUAUGUGUGGAUAAUCUGGUGUAACAAAAUAUGCAAUAUAUAUAUAUAUAUUUUUUGUGCUUUUGUUUGUAAUACCAUCUAAUCUAACAAAUGAUUUAAAAGCAAUGGAUACCUUUUAGUUUUGAAUAUGCCAAUGGAUCUGAAUCUUUAUGUUUCUGACUAUGCAUAUCAAUCAGGGUGGAUUUCAGGUCCAUCUGUGGACAGCUAUGCUUCUUGUAUGUGUGUGUAUGUUUUUAUUCUCACUAUUUCAAUUAUGUGUCUGUAAGAAUGUACAUUAUGUGUUAUGUAUUGUUUGACCAUUACAGUGUUAAUUCAUCUUCAUUAAUCCUCAAGCACUAAGCAGCUCUUGGUAUCCUGUGGUCAGUCUGACACAAAUGUGGACUUCCCACAAAUAAGCAUCCAGCUCAAAAAUACUUUACACUUUUCUCUGCUGACUUUUUUCAUGUCAACCUUUUAUUUUCAGAGAAAAGCAAGCCUUUAGUUGGUUCGUGGUGCCCUCUACUGGGUUAUUUCUGCCAUUGAUCAAAUGCACUGAUAAUGAAUGCUGUCAUUGGACAAAUGAUAUCAACAAAGCUUUCAUGUUCACUCAAUUGUUACUGAUGGAUUUGAUGAAGAAGGACAUGUUUUUGUCCACUUUUAUUUUGUUGUAGUACCAUGUAUGACAUGGACUUUUUAAGCACUUGGUUCAGGCCUGUCUUCUCAUGGCUUAACCUAAUGGCCGAGACUAUGAAGAGAGUAUUAGACAUAUUCUUAUAAUUAAUGAUGUAUUUAUAUUAUACAUAUCAGUAUUAGUGUUUUUGUCUAAUACUAAUGCAAGUGUCAUUAUGCAAUUUAUGAUAUUCAGCAUUGUACAGUGGAUUGGUGGCCUUAUUUUUUUUUUAAACCUUUUUAAUCUAAAAGCACAGUAUUACAUUAAAAGACUAUCAUACAUA